CAUCUGCUCACACUGGAGAUUCUCCAGUUGUGACUGUCCUUCGGUCAGCUGUUAACUAAUCCUAACGACACUGUUUAGUUACGGCACUGUUUAGUCCACGUCUGUGCAACUAAGGACCUGGAUUAUCAGAACAGGCUGUUUAUGAUCAAUGGAAAGAAGCCCGAAUGUGUAAUAUGAGUGUGUGCUGAAGAGAGACACUGUUGGACAUUGCCUGUUGUGAUCUAAUCUGAUGUAAUCUGAAGUGAUGGUGUUGUCGGAUAACGCAGUGAUCGGCCGAGGCCUGAACAGUCCUGACCCGCUGGUGCGCGAGGCCUAUUUGAUGGCGUAUGACUACAUCAACUAUGUGACGGUGAAACCCGGCGUCUCGUUGGGUUCGGCCCCGUCCGAAGCCUCGGCCGCGCUGAGACACGCCGGAGACGAGCUCCUCAAUCGCUUCCCAAUCUUCUUUCGGCGCUGGCCUCGUGUUUUCCAGGACGUUUCGGAGCGGACGGCCUGCGCGACCCUGGUGUCGAUCCUGGACGAGCACUUCGCCCCCUCUCGGCGCCGAGAGCUGGCCUGGAGCGCGGUGCUGUCCGUGUUCGUGCUGGCCGGACAACUGGCUCUACACUGCCAGGAGAGGGGCAUGUCUGCGGUCCUGCCCCAGAUCCAGGAGUGUGUGGGCAGUUACGUAGAGAGAGUCGUCUGCCCCGAGAUCAGGGACCGAGGAGGAUGGUCAGGUUUUAUCACUCGUUUUGGCGAGAAGCAGAAUCUUGAAGACCAGGUGAAGCGGGCUUGCUGCUGGUCUCUGCUCUUGCUGUGUUUUGGGAUCUUAUCCUACUUUGUAUGGACGAAAAGGAAAACUUAGACAACAGCGCCAUCUGCUGACAAAUUGUAAUAAAGACACUCGUGAUUCGCUU